AUGGAAGAAUACGAAAAAUAUGACCAUGGGGCCCUAUUAAGAGGACGAUAUCAAAAGAGUGGAGAUAUUAGUGAAGGUUCUUAUGGGCUAGUAUCGCUCGCUAAAGAUACCUUACAAAAUAAUACUCUAGUGGCAGUUAAAUUCAUUUUCCCAUUAGGUUAUAAGAAAGAUAAUGGAGGAGGUCUGAAACAUCGACCUUCUUCAAGUCCCGCCAGACUAAAGUCUCCCAAUUUAAAUAACAAAGGCUUAGUUCAUUCCAAAGAAUCAAUACUUAAUGGUCUUUAUGAAGAAGCUGAAAAAGAAAUUAAAAUCCAUAAAAUAUUGGGUACUCAUGCUAACAUUUCAACUUUAUACGAUCAUUUCGAUUCGUAUUUGAUAUUAGAAUAUUGUACUCGUGGUGAUUUAUAUGAAGCCAUUCAUAAUAAUAAUGGUCCAAAUACUUCUCAAGAUAUUAAGGAUGUAUUCAUGCAAAUCUUGAAUGCCUUAGAAUUUUGUCAUUCUUAUGGUGUUUAUCAUAGAGAUUUAAAACCUGAAAAUAUCUUAAUUGGAGAAGAUUGGUCAAUUAAAUUAUGUGAUUGGGGUUUAGCCACUACCACCAAGAUAAUUACUGAUAAGGAUGAGUUUGAUAUUGGUUCAGAGCGUUAUAUGGCUCCUGAAUUAUUUGAUUCUGAUUUAGAGAGUUAUGAUGCUUCUAAAAUUGAUCUUUGGUCGAUUGGGGUUAUCUUAUUAACCUUGGUAUUUCAUAAAAAUCCAUUCCAAGUGGCUAAUUAUUCGGAUAAAAGAUUUAUUCAAUUUGCUGGUAAUCGUGAAGCUCUUUUUGAUAUUUUUUCAUCCAUGAGUGGAGAUAUGUUUUCAGUCUUAAGGGUUUGUUUGAAUAUUGAUCCUGCCAAUCGUAGUUUGGAAAAUACUCGAAGUGAACUUGAAGUUCUUCGAUUCUUUACUGUGGAAGAAGAAUAUUAUGGUAGUGAUUAUGAAGAAGACGAAGCUGAAAUUGAAGAUGAAGGUGAAGAAGAAGAUUAUACAUUCAAAAAGAACCUUGAAAUCGUCGAAGCUUUACCACAAUCUCCAAUCAAGAAACUUAUCAGCAGUGUUAUCGAAAAUGAUAAAAUUCCUCAAGAUAAGGUAUCAUCAUCUUUAUCAACUACAGAUAAUGAUUCAAUCCGUGGUGAUAAAGCAAGUCAUAAUCACGGUCCUAGAGUUGUUGUGGAAGAUUUCCCAAUUCCACAUAAUCAUAGAGCAGAUGCUCUCUUAUCCAGUAAUACAGAUUUGAAACCAAUUCCAAUUGGUAGUUUUGGAGGUGCCAAUAAACAAAUGCGUAAUACUAGAAAACCAUUUAAUGUGGCAUCAUACAAUCAAUCACAUAACGCAAGAUUCCAAGCUUCUAAAUUUAACAGAGAAGAUUUCUUCACUCCUAAAUCAGUUUUCAAUCAUUAUAUGGAUAAAUAUGGCGAGCAAAGAUUUAAUAAUAUAGAUAAUAAGAUUAAUAGUCCAGGUCAAACUAAUGCUGAUGGUAAAAGAAGAAAAGUUCGUUCUUGGAAGAAAAACAAUAGAAAGAAUAAGCCUAGCUCUAAAGCAGGUAGAAAUUCACGUCAUGAACAUUCUCAUCUUCAUCCUAAAGAUGACUCAUCAAGUCAUAGUCAUCAAGUUAGUAAUAAAAGAAAGUCAAGACUGUUCUCUGCAUCGAAGGCCAGAAAACCAUUUCAACAAACACUUAAUGCUAAUGGUACAACUACAAGUACUACAAACAGUAAUGCAAUUGCCAGUACAUUCCAUCUGUUAGGACAACCAGGUGCACCUUAUUCAUAUGGCUCAAGUGCUACAUCAACUGGGAAAUAUGCUCCACCUCAUUUGAGAUCACCUAAUUAUGCUAAAUCGCCCGUGAUUGAACCUUUAACUGAAGAAAUUGAAAGAUUGAACUUGAAUGAUUAUGAUGAAGUUUUCCAUCUAGAAGAUGAUUUUGAUUUAGGUGAUACUGGUGAUACUAUUGAAUCUGAAAAACAAAAGACUGAAUCUGACAGUUCAAGUCAAUCCUUCUUUAAGAAACCUGCUUUCAAAACAGCAAGUAUCGUGAUCACAGAUAGUGAUAAAUCAUCAAUCACAGUUUCAAAUGAUGCAUUCUUUGGAAAUGGAUCAUCUCUUAAUGGUUUGAAAAGUUCAGCAGUUAUUUCAAAACGUCCAGUUUCAAUGCAAGAAAGUAUAUCCAAUCUUUCUUCAUCAGCAAAUUCAUCGAAUGGUAAAUAUGUUCCACCUUUUAGAAGAGGAUCAGCUUCAUCUGGAUCCCAACCAAUUGGAAGUCAACAACAUGUGUCAUCUCAAAAUGCAGGUAUACAGCCAUCAAUGAUAAAGAUUAAACCUUUUGAUAAGAAACAUAAAGAUGAUAUUGGUCAUGGUAAGUUUUUUGACAAUAAUAUUGGAUCUCCCAUAAUGCAUGGAACUACGUCGGGUACUUCUCUGUCACUCAAUCCUAGUGAUUUGAUGUAUUACAGAAAAGAUUGGAGUGAUUAUGUUUAG